AUGAGUGAACGUCAAGAUGGCUCUUAUUCAUUUUUAGACAAAAGAUCUUUACGCAUUGUCAGCAAUGAUUUUACACUUAAACGCGAUAUGUCAACAAAAACAAUUACGGUUACUAUUCUGGAAGAGCCUAUUUCACGUAAUUAUAUUGAAGUAAAAAUAUGCAUAGACUAUUCAAUUGUUGUUAAACACGUUCAUGAUCAAAGUAAUUUUUUUAUAGAAAUGUUUUGUUACCAAAUAUGGGGGCUAUUUUUUAGUCUCUUAAUUUUGAGGCGCAUUUCCUAA